AUGUGGCGCAGACGUAUUUUCUCUUCCGCUGACCUUCUCCGUGCGGCGGUGAGCACGCGGUCUCUUUUUGUACGGGACCUCCGCACACGUGUGGAGAUCACUAAUGGGAAGAAGACAUACCCGGCGGUCCUCCUCUGGCGCUGGAAGAGUGACCGCCAGCGGCAUCUCGUGCUUAGCGUUCACCGCCCCGAUGAAAUUACUGCGGAGGAUGAGUCAUUAUCCCUGUUAACAUCAGCAACAGCAGCAUCUGGGCAGCGUAAAUCGGAGUCUUCCUCAUCAGAAACUCCCACAGAGGCGGAUUAUUUCUUUGGACGUGUCUUUCUCAGACCAUACAAUGUGGCACAGUUUCUUACCGUAUUGGAGGGUACUACCCCACAUCUUGAGUUAGUGAAAGAACAUUCUACACUUCAUCUAGAACCUCUGUCGACUAAUGCUUUAAAACAAAAAGGUAUUCGUGGUAAAAAUCUUCAGAAGAGUAAUGAUGCAAGACCUGCAUUCCCUUUGGCUUUUUCACUUGUGGGAGAAUUAACACUUAAAGUAGCACCUUCUCAAGCUAAACUUAAUACAGAAGAAAAUGAUGAAGAGGUUGGAAAUAAAGACCUUUAUGCUGAUGGAGACGAGAAGGAAGAUACCAUUUCAGGUGCAACCUAUAAUCUAAACGAUCGCCGUACUUUUCGUGCAACUGUAGAAGGGGCGGACCUUAUCCUCAUUAUGAAACAUCUUAACGCUGUCUUGAGUGAUAUGUUUGGUAUUGAACACCAAUAUCACUCUCGGGUGGUCCAUGAUGUUCUUCGUAAGCACAGUAGAGGUAAUAAUUAUUCAUUAACGCAGCAUUCUGGAAAAACUAUUUUAACCCUUCCCCGUUACAGAAGUGAAGUUGAGGAGAAUAAAAUGGAAGAAACUCCUGUAACACAAAAACCAACAGAGAUGACAAACAGUAAUACUCUUAGUGGAACAGGUGUUGCGGCAGCGGCAGCAAUGGCUGGACUCGCUGUUGGAGCCGCAGCCGCAACAGCACUCUCUGCAGACAAAAAGAAUCUAUCAAUGCUUGAAGACGGUAAUGACGAUGUGGACGCAGAAGAAAAUGUGGUGGAUCUAUUUGAGGAUGAUGUUGAAGAAGAGAAUGGGGCGAAAUCCAAAUCAUUAGGGGUUUCUUCCCGUCGUUUUGCCAGUGACAUUGACAAUGAUAAGGAAAAUGAAAGGGAAGAGGGAGUACAGGGAAAGAUUGAUGAAGAAGAGGAUGAUGAUGAUGAAGAAGAGGAGGAAGAAGAAGAAGAAGAGGGUGAGCCUGGUGAAGAUGAAGAUGAAGAGGAUGUUGAAGAAGAGGAAGAAGAUGAUGAUGUGGAAGAGGAAGAAGAGGAAGAGGACGAAGAAGUGGAAGAAGAUGAAGAAGAAGAUGGGGAUGAUAAUGAAGAAGAAGAUGAGGAGGAUGUUGAAGAAGAAGAAGAAGAGGAGGAGGAAGAGGAAGAAGAGGAAGAGGAGGAAAAAAAGAAAACUCCUCCACCAACACCACCACGUCGUCGUUAG